AUGAACCCUUAUCAGCAGCAGUACGACCAACCCCCGUCAGGUGGUUAUCAAGGCUAUCAGCCACCUCCAAGCCAAGCCCCCCCCGCCGGACACUUCCAGCAGCCGUACGGGGCUGCUCAUGGGCAGCAGUAUCCCCCCCAGGGUCAACCUCCGUAUCCCGGCCAGCCCCCGCAGCAGUUCUCGGGACAAGCAUCGCCAGCUCAGCCUUACGGACCACCACCGCCACAGCAGUUUCCGGGACAGACACAACCCCCUCCUCAUCAGGGCUAUUCCAACCAGCCUCCCCCGCAGCAGUAUGGUCAGCAGCAGGCAUAUGGCGUGCCAUUUGGCCAACCCGCGCAGUCAGGCGCAUAUCAGUACAACCAACAACCGCCUUUCGGGGCGGCACCCCCUCAGCAGUGGCAGCAGCCAUUUGGCCAGCCAUACGGCCAGCUACCUGCCGGCCCGCCCGCUCCCCCUUCCCCCGGAUACGAUGUCUCCCAGAAGCAGUUUUACCAGCCCGUCGACACGAAUGCUGAUGUUGAGGGCCUGCGCAAGGCCAUGAAGGGCAUGGGUUGUGACGAAAAGGCCCUCAUCAAGAUCCUCACGGGCCCCAAGUACGUCAAUCCCUGGGCCAUGCAGCAGCUCGUCGCCGACUACAACAAGCGCUUCCUCCGUGAUCUUGCAAAUGACAUCAAGAGCGAGACGCGUGGCGAUUUCGAGGACGCCCUGCUAGCUCUCAUCCGUGGUCCGCUCGACAACGACGUGCGCACACUGCACAAAGCCAUGGACCGCGCCGGUACUGACGAGACUGCCCUUGCCGAUGUCCUCCUCUGCCGGACCAAUGCUGACGUCAAGGCCAUUGUGGCCGAGUACAAGCGCCUUGGGGGCAAGGAUCUCCUGGCGGAGAUUAAGAGCGAGGUCAACGACACACUCUUCCGCAUCUACAGCAUGGCUCUAGCCGCCGGGAGCGCUGAGCCCUCUGCACCAGUCAACCCACUUGAUGUCGAAAGCAAGGUCACGGAGCUGCAUCGCUCAACCGAGGGCGUUGUUGGUGCCAGUGCUGUGUCCGUUGCCCAGAUCUUUAUCAAUUCGAAUGAGGCCCAAAUCCGUGCCAUCAGCGAGGCCUACCGCAACAAAUAUCAUCGCCCCCUGCAGGAUGUCAUUGAGAAAGAAUUUCGCGGCGACACGGAGGACGCGCUGCUCCACAUACUCCUCAUGUCCAGCGACCACGCCAAGGCCGAUGCUCAGUGGCUCCACAGCCCUCUUAUGGGUAGGAUGGGUGUCAAGGAUAAGCAGUUCAUUUACCGCCUCACUUCGCUGUACUGGAACCCUCCCCGCCUGGCUGCUGCUAAGGAUGCCUACAAGACUGUAUACAGAAAGGCUCUGAAGACUGAUGUGAAGGAGGCCUUACGUGGUGACUACGAGGACCUUUGCGUGGCCUUGCUCGGGGGGGAUUGA